AAACGGAACAUAAGCUGUGAAAAAAUAGUAGAGAGCAGACGUGCGAGCAAGGGAAAUAAGCAAGUUUUUGAAUAUUAAUAGGUACUAUUUCAAAAAGUGCAGACCAAAAGUAAAGAAAUAAAUUCAGUUUUCUGUGCGAAACAAAAAAAUACGCCAAUAUGCAAAUUUUCGUGAAGACCCUCACUGGCAAGACCAUCACUUUGGAGGUUGAGCCAUCCGAUACCAUCGAGAACGUCAAGGCUAAGAUCCAGGACAAGGAGGGAAUCCCCCCAGAUCAGCAGCGUUUGAUCUUCGCCGGAAAGCAGCUGGAAGACGGACGCACCCUGUCCGACUACAACAUCCAGAAGGAGUCCACCCUUCACUUGGUCCUGCGUCUGCGUGGUGGCAUGCAGAUCUUCGUGAAGACUCUGACCGGCAAGACCAUCACCUUGGAGGUUGAGCCAUCCGAUACCAUCGAGAACGUCAAGGCUAAGAUCCAGGACAAGGAGGGAAUCCCCCCAGAUCAGCAGCGUUUAAUCUUCGCCGGAAAGCAGCUGGAAGACGGACGCACCCUGUCCGACUACAACAUCCAGAAGGAGUCCACCCUUCACUUGGUCCUGCGUCUGCGUGGUGGCAUGCAGAUCUUCGUGAAGACUCUGACCGGCAAGACCAUCACCUUGGAGGUUGAGCCAUCCGAUACCAUCGAGAACGUGAAGGCUAAGAUCCAGGACAAGGAGGGAAUCCCCCCAGAUCAGCAGCGUUUGAUCUUCGCCGGAAAGCAGCUGGAAGACGGACGCACCCUGUCCGACUACAACAUCCAGAAGGAGUCCACCCUUCACUUGGUCCUGCGUCUGCGUGGUGGCAUGCAGAUCUUCGUGAAGACUCUGACCGGCAAGACCAUCACCUUGGAGGUUGAGCCAUCCGAUACCAUCGAGAACGUGAAGGCUAAGAUCCAGGACAAGGAGGGAAUCCCCCCAGAUCAGCAGCGUUUGAUCUUCGCCGGAAAGCAGCUGGAAGACGGACGCACCCUGUCCGACUACAACAUCCAGAAGGAGUCCACCCUUCACUUGGUCCUGCGUCUGCGUGGUGGCAUGCAGAUCUUCGUGAAGACUCUGACCGGCAAGACCAUCACCUUGGAGGUUGAGCCAUCCGAUACCAUCGAGAACGUCAAGGCUAAGAUCCAGGACAAGGAGGGAAUCCCCCCAGAUCAGCAGCGUUUGAUCUUCGCCGGAAAGCAGCUGGAAGACGGACGCACCCUGUCCGACUACAACAUCCAGAAGGAGUCCACCCUUCACUUGGUCCUGCGUCUGCGUGGUGGCAUGCAGAUCUUCGUGAAGACUCUGACCGGCAAGACCAUCACCUUGGAGGUUGAGCCAUCCGAUACCAUCGAGAACGUCAAGGCUAAGAUCCAGGACAAGGAGGGAAUCCCCCCAGAUCAGCAGCGUUUGAUCUUCGCCGGAAAGCAGCUGGAAGACGGACGCACCCUGUCCGACUACAACAUCCAGAAGGAGUCCACCCUUCACUUGGUCCUGCGUCUGCGUGGUGGCAUGCAGAUCUUCGUGAAGACUCUGACCGGCAAGACCAUCACCUUGGAGGUUGAGCCAUCCGAUACCAUCGAGAACGUGAAGGCUAAGAUCCAGGACAAGGAGGGAAUCCCCCCAGAUCAGCAGCGUUUGAUCUUCGCCGGAAAGCAGCUGGAAGACGGACGCACCCUGUCCGACUACAACAUCCAGAAGGAGUCCACCCUUCACUUGGUCCUGCGUCUGCGUGGUGGAAUGCAGAUCUUCGUGAAGACUCUGACCGGCAAGACCAUCACCUUGGAGGUUGAGCCAUCCGAUACCAUCGAGAACGUCAAGGCUAAGAUCCAGGACAAGGAGGGAAUCCCCCCAGAUCAGCAGCGUUUGAUCUUCGCCGGAAAGCAGCUGGAGGACGGACGCACCCUGUCCGACUACAACAUCCAGAAGGAGUCCACCCUUCACUUGGUCCUGCGUCUGCGUGGUGGCGCCAUCUAGAUUUUUUCACGCAUAAUAUAAAACAACGCAAGAAUGCAUACUAAAUUUUAGUAAAUUGGUUUAAUCAAAAGCACAAUAUAAUCACAAUAUUUAUUGGUACUCAAAGAAUAAAACUUUCAAUUUGUGUGUUCAAUGUAA